AUGACCGGGCGUGCUCUGUUCGAUGCACACAAAUUGCACGCCGUGCUUGAACUCGAACCAUUUUUACUGUCACUGGCAAAGAAACCAAACCCCAUAACCCUAACUCAAUGCCAUCAAAUCCAUGCAAAACUCAUAAUCACUCAAUGCAUUUCACAAACCCAUCUAGCCAAUACCCUUUUGAGUUUCUACUCAAAAUCUUCCAACUUUCACCAUGCCCACCAACUGUUCAACAAAAUGCCUCACAGAAAUGUUGUCACUUGGACAACCUUGAUUUCCUCGCAUCUCAAACAUGGGUCUGUCCCAAAAGCCUUGAAGAUAUUCAAUCAAAUGCUUCUGUCGGAUGAGAGACCCAAUGAGUACACUUUCUCUGUUCUGCUUCGAGCUUGCUCCAACCAUGAUUUUUGGAGUGUGGGUUUGCAGAUUCAUGGCUCGCUUGUUCGGUUUGGCCUUGAUAGAGAUAAAUUUGCUGGGAGCUCUCUUGUGUAUAUGUACUUCAAAGGAGGAAAUGAUUUAAGGGAUGCGUUGCGUGUUUUUAAUGGAUUGUUGGAGAGAGAUGUUGUUGCUUGGAAUGUUAUGAUUUCUGGGUUUGCUCAAGUGGGUGACUUUCACAUGGUGCAAUGGUUGUUUUCUGAAAUGAGGGAUGUACAAGGGUUGAAGCCUGAUAAUAGUACCUUUGUUAGUUUACUCCAGUGUUGUUAUUUGUUGCUAGAAGUAAAGCAAAUCCACGGGCUUGUGUACAAAUUUGGUGCUGAAAUUGAUGUUGUGGUUGAGAGUGUGAUGGUUGAUUUGUAUGCCAAAUGUGGGGAUGUGAGUUCUUCCAGGAGGAUUUUUGAUUCCAUGGAGGAGAAGGAUAAUUUUGUGUGGAGUUCGAUGAUUUCAGGAUAUUCCAUGAAUAAUAGAGGAGAGGAAGCUGUGCGUUUUUUCAAGAAUAUGUGUAGACAAAGGGUGAAACUUGAUCAACAUGUGUUAUCUAGUACUUUGAAAGCUUGUGUUGAAAUAGAGGACUUGAACACUGGUGUUCAAGUGCAUGGCCUAAUGAUAAAAAACGGGCAUCAAAAUGAUUGUUUUGUGGCAAGUGUGUUGCUGACUCUCUAUGCCAGUUUUGGUGAUCUAGGGGAUGUGGAAAAGUUGUUUAGAAGAAUUGAUGAUAAAGAUAUUGUAGCAUGGAACUCUAUGAUCUUGGCUCGAGCUCGGCCGGGUCACGGAUCUAGUCAUUCUAUGCAACUAAUGCAAGAGCUUCGUCGAACAACUUCAUUGCAAAUUGAAAGUGCCACUUUAGUUGCUGUUUUGAAGUCUUGUGAGAAUGAGUCAGAUUUACUUGCAGGUAGACAAAUUCAUUCACUUAUAUUGAAAUCAAGUUUGUGUCAUCAUACUUUGGUUGGCAAUGCACUAGUCCACAUGUACUCUGAGUGUAGACUUAUCGAUGAUGCAUUUAAAGCUUUUGUUGACAUUGAAUGGAAAGAUGAUAGUUCAUGGAGUUCUAUUAUUGGAACUUAUAAACAAAACGACAUGGAAUUAGAAGCUUUAGGCCUAUGCAAAGAGAUGCUGAAUGAAGGAGUCAAUCUUACAAGUUAUAGCCUUCCACUAUGUUUUUCAGCUUGCUCGCAACUAUCAGCUAUAUGUGAGGGGAAACAACUCCAUGUUCUAGCUAUCAAGUUCGGCUACAACCGUGAUGUCUACGUUGGCAGUUCCAUUAUAGACAUGUAUGCUAAAUGUGGGAACAUUGAGGAGUCGGAGAAUGUUUUUAGUGAACAAUUAGAGCCAAAUGAAGUGAUUUUCAAUGCCAUGAUAUGUGGAUAUGCACAUCAUGGAAAAGCACAACAGGCCAUAGAAGUAUUCAGUAAGUUGGAGAAGAAUUGUGUGGCCCCCAAUCAUGUAACUUUCUUAGCUUUGAUGUCAGCUUGUAGCCAUGCAGGCUAUGUAGAAGAAACUUUGCAUUUGUUUACAUUGAUGCUUGACAAAUACAAGAUUAAGCCAAAAUCUGAGCAUUAUUCGUCCCUGGUUGAUGCCUAUGGUCGGGCGGGAAGGUUGGAGGAAGCUUACCAGAUAGUGCAAAAGGAUGGAAGUGAGUCGGCAUGGAGAACGUUACUUGGUGCUUGUAGGAAUCAUAAUAACACAGAAAUUGGAGAAAAAUCUGCCAUGAAGAUGAUAGAAAUGAAUCCCAGUGAUCAUGCUCCAUAUGUUCUUCUUUCAAACAUUUAUAAUGCAGAGGGAAAAUGGGAAGAAGCUAUUAAAUGCAGAGAGAAAAUGGCAAAGAUUCAUGUGAAGAAAGAUCCAGGAAGUAGUUGGUUGGUUUGA